UAUUAUCUUAUAAGCAUUUUCUCUGUUACAGUCUCAAUCUUCCACUGAUAGAGAUGCAGAACUUGACCUGGCUAGGGUUCUGAUCAUCCCUCUUCCCAGUUUCAGAGUAGGCUUUGGAUCUCCGAUUGGAGCCUUACCCAUAUUUUCUUAACCUUCAAUUGACGCUUUGGGACUAAAAACUUUCCAACUUAAAGAGAAAAGAGCUUGCUCGGAGAGAUUGAGAGAGGGAAGAUUUGGAUCAGAUAUUUGAGGAGGGUUAGUUAUGGUGAAAAGGUGGACUGAUAAAUAGAGGGUAGUAUGAAAGAUAUGGCAAUCAAGCUGUUUUAUCUGUUUUGAAUUUUGAUAGGGUCAGAUAUUACAAUAUGGAGGACGAGAGCGGGCUUGAGCUCAGCUUGGGUUUGUCUUUUGGUGGCUCGUCAGCCAAACCCAAGGGUAAGAAUGGUAGCUCUUCAGAUGCUAGGGCUGAAGAAGUUGGUAGAGGUGGCAAAAUGGUGGAUGACUUUAAGAGCAUGUUUGAUAACGUUCCUCAGAAGCCAGAAUCUAUUAUUGGGACUCGAAGAACUGAUUCCCCAAAGCCCGAAGAGAACUUCUUUAGUGACCUUUCAAAGGCUAAAGAAGAUAAUGCUUCUUUGAAUUUAAACGGAAGAGGAUUUCUGGUUGCAAACAGUAAUAAACCUAUUGAAAUUGAGGAUGAUAAACGUUCAGAGGCAGCAAAUAAGCGAAAAAUGCCUUUUGAUGAUAUACGUAAUCAAAAGAAGCAUGACAGUGAUGUUCAUCACGCUGAUUUACAUGAUAGGGCUAGAACAUCUCAUAUUUCUAUAACAGAAGAUGGUUCAACUGCAGAAAAUGAAGAUGUGGCAGACUCUGAAACUGAGAACUCCACCUCCAGGCCCAUCUCACACCACAGUGAUGGUUCCAAAGGAUUCAUCAGAGUUGGUUCUUCUUCCGAUGCUGCAAAAGAGGUUCGUGGAAGUGCUGACUCAAAUGCUACUGACUUUAGUGGGCAGAAGAGGUUUACAGGAUCAUCAGAAAAAGAUUUUAAGCAUGCAAACAUGACUUAUGGUGCUUCCUUUUCUGUUCAACCUGUAAAUGUGAUGAAUGUACCUUACCCUUCUUCAGUGAAAGAGUCCAGCACAGUUGGGGCACCAGGCCCUCAGAUACCUGGAGUGAUCCAUGUGAUGCCUACUGUAACUGGUGAGCGCUCAGGAGCCCAGUCUGUGAAUAAUGGGAGCUUGCCAGUGAUGUUUGGAUAUCCGCCUGUUCAGCUUCCCAUGUUGGAGAAGGACAACUCAUGGGGUUUGGUUUCUCGUCCUCAACAAUUACACCCUCCCUUUGUUGGCAGAGGUCCAACUAACUCAGCUGCACUGCAAAUAAUCCCAAACAAUAUAUCUGAGGCCAUGCCUUAUGAUGGAAGACCGUUGGAACGGACCAAAGGAGAUGGUAAACAGCGCCUUACUGAAGAAGGCUCCUCCUCACAACCUGAAGAUGUGAAAGGGAGAAGCACAAGCCUUAGGGCCAAAGAUGUAUCGGACCAGUCAACAGGAGAGGGUUCCAUCAUUGAUUUUUCAAACAUUAAGCCCGGUCUUGCUGCAGAUGUGAAAUUUGGGGGGUGUGGUUCGUAUCCAAAUCUGCCUUGGGUAUCCACCUCAGGUUCUGGUCCAAAUGGCAGGACAAUAUCUGGUGUAACUUACAAAUACAACACUAACCAAGUUAGAAUUGUGUGUGCAUGUCAUGGUUCUCACAUGACUCCCGAGGAGUUUGUUCGUCAUGCAAAUGAAGACCAGGUCCCCGCAGAGGGCAAUGCAGUUUUGGGGACAGUAGCAAAUGGCAAUCCUGCUGCCUCUUCUCACAGCUAGAGUCUUGUUCGGUUUAAGUUGUACCCUAAUAUUACAGUUCUCAACAGGUGAAUCAGGGAAAUCGGGCUUUAAUUUUUGUAUAGAUGAAUGAGAUUCCUACCAUUUUUCUGUACAAACUUUAAUAACUCAUUUGGCUAUUCCAUGUUAUUUACUUAUAGCCAAUGCAAUCAAGUUUGCAGUUGUAUGUAAUAAUGGCCCAGCUAGCAUAAUCUGUUCUAUUAAAUAGUGUCAUCAAGCAUCUGAUUUUAUGCCAGCGAACACAGUUCAGCUUUAGCCCCCUCUCUCUUUAGUGUUGAGGAUCAAUAGUAUUAGUAAUGCUGUUU